AUGCGCAUAUCGAGGAUUGAAUUAUUGAAUUCAUUGAUUGCACCGAGUAUAUCAUUGGACGAUAAUGUCAUAUUGUGUGAGGCUCCAUCUCACAAGGAAGUUAAAUCUGCAAUGGAAAGCAUUCCACAGGAUAAUAGCCCUAGACCUGAUGGUUUCUCAUUGAGUUUUCAUAUGAGUUGUUGGGAUAUCGUUGGAGAAGAUGUUUGGGAGGUUGCGGCCGAUUUCUUUAUCAAUGCUCCUGGUGGCUUUGGAGACUUCAGACCCAUUAGCUUGUGUUUAGUGAUCUACAAAUGCUUUGCCAAGGUAAUUGUGAACAGAUUGAAACCUUUACUUCCUAAAUUUAUAUCGAAGGAGCAAGGUGCCUUCAUCAGGGGCCGAAGUAUAUUCAAUAAUAUUGCCUUGGUACAAGAAUUACUUCGGAACUUUAACAGGAAGAUACAAGGGGAAAAUGCAAUGCUCAAAGUAGACACGAUGAAGGCAUAUGAUAGGCUUGAAUGGAAUUUCUUGAUGGCAGUCAUAAAGGCUUUCGGUUUCUCAACACGAUUUUGCCAAUUAAUACAAAAUUGUAUUGAUGCACCUUCAUUCUCGGUGAUGAUGCAUGGCACUUAUCGGGGUUUUUUAAAUCUUCCAGGAGAAUCCAUCAAGGAGAUUUCCUCUCUCCAUACUUAUUUAUUAUUGCUGAGGGGACUCUUACAUGCAUGCUACGAUAGUAAAGCAUCCAUUAAAGCAUUGGUGGAGAUUUUAGGCAUUUAUGAAAAUAUGUCGGGGCAGAAAGUGAAUCACAGGAAAUCAGUAAUAUUUUUCUCGAAACACAUAUACUUGUCGAGGAAAAAUAAAUCACUUCGUUUGAGUAACUUCACACAAGGAUCUUUUCCAAUCACAUAUCUGGGUGCUCCAAUAUCUCCAGGUCGUUUAUGUAUCAGACAUUUCGAGGCCCUGAUUAUGAAGGGAGAGGCAGAUGGUAAAGCUAAGCGAACAUUGGGUGAGUUUUGGAAAAAUAACCAAGCCAGUAUCAGAAGGAGGUCUAAGCAUUCGAGACUUAGCAAAAGUACAAGUGGCCCUAAAAACAAGACUUGCUUGGAAAAUGUGUUUCUCUGUUUCUCUACUACAACUUUUCCUAAAAGCAAAACAUUUUCCUCAUACAAUGAGAUCCAGAUAUCAGCCUUAAACUCGCCUUUUUGGAAGAGCAUAGCAAGUUUGAUACCUAUAGUAAUUGAAAAUUCGGUAUGGCACAUAAAAAGCGGAGAUGUUAAUUUGUGGCAAGAUAAUUGGUUUGGUCUAACACCGCUAUCAAACCUAGUGGAGGUAGUGGAGCCUGAAUUGAGGUUAAAUGUUGUGGUGACCUCAAGGGGUUGGAAUGAAGAUGUCUUAUCAUAUCUAAUAUGGAAUGAUUUAGCUAAAGCUGCAAUAGAAUACGUUCCAAAAGUACGUCAAGGAGUGGAUAAAGUUGUUUGGAAACCAUCUCCAGAUGGCAUGUUUAGUACUAGGAGCACUUGGGAGCUUAUUCGAGCCAAACAGGAGGGUGUAGAUUGGGAUAAAUGGGCGAUUUGGACAGCAAGGUGCCAAAAAAAGAUGGAAGGUACGACUAUUAACUAUGAUCAGAUUUGGGCUUCAGCGAAGCAGUGGAUGGGUGAACUAUGUGCUAAUGUGGCUAAGGUGUCUAGGCUAUCCUUGUCUAAUUGUAUUGCGUUACGAGUUUUGGGGAUUCAAAAAAGAAAACCGCAUAAUAAAAUCUCUAAGUUUGUUCGGUGGAUACCUCCCCUCCCUACCUGGGUUAAAUUAAACAUUGAUGGAUGUUGCAUAGGAAAUCCUGGUAAUUGUGGUGGAGGCAGAGUGAUUAGGGAGGAAAAUGGAGAGCUCAUCUAUGCUUUCUACACGUUUUAUGGUCACAGUAAUAACACAUGGGCGGAGCUAAAAGCAUUUUUGGAAGGUAUUCACAUAUGUGUAGAACGAAAUUUCCUAAAUAUUGUAAUUGAAAGUGAUCCUCAAGUCGUUGUGAACUGA